AUGGAAGACAUUGUGGUUUUCAACCUAUGCGAAGACCUCAAGGCGAAGGAAGGAGUAUCCGAACGAGAUCAGUGUCCUCCUGGCACCCGAUGUUGCCUGACAAAAGUCAACAAGAAGGACGGUGAACCAGACAGAACUGUUGCCGUCCUACCAGUCGUGCAGACCGCUUCUCUGAACCUUUCCUCCUCUAUCAUAACAUCACCGAAGGGACUCUCUCUUGUCUUCUAUGGCGCGUCGUAUCCGCCCUCUGGUUCGGGUACACCGCAGUCGCUCAACAUGACGUUAUUAUGUACGGCUGAGGGAUCUGGCCCUCAACUCAAGUCCUACAAUGGUACAGAGAUACAAGUAGAAUGGAACACACCCUCAGCUUGUGGAACGAUGGAGAAUGACGAUGGAAAGAACGAUGAAAAAGGCGAUGAUAGCAGAGGGGAUGGAUCGAAACAAAGUGUAGGAAGUGGAGUGGGGUGGUUCUUCCUUGUCCUUAUACUCGCAUUUGCCACCUACUUUGGACUAGGCGCGUAUUACAACUACGCAACCUACGGUGCAAGUGGAGUGGAUCUAAUUCCGCACCGUGACUUCUGGAAGGAAGUUCCGUAUAUGCUAAGCGACGUUGUGUCUCAUUUAUGCUCUUCCGUUAGAUCGCGACGGACAUCUAGUCGUGGUGGUUAUAUAUCUGUUUGA